AUGGCCAUCUUUAAUAACAACACCCUAAAAAUCAUUUUUUGGAAUGCUCAGGGUAUCCUUAAAAAAAGAGACGAACUAGCCACUUACCUUCACACAAAUAAAAUCACAAUUUGCUUGCUCAGUGAAACUUUACUUCGCGAAUCCUUAAACAUCAAUCUGGUGCGUGGCUACAAAUUAUACCAGAAUAACACUAAUAGAGGUACCGCGAUCCUAAUCCAAGAAAACAUCGACCACCAUGAACUAAUAAUUCCUGAACUCAAAAUCCUAGAAGCCACGGCAAUACAAAUAAAAACUCACGGGAAACCAUAUGCCAUCAUCUCUCUCUACCAGACUCCCUCUCGUGAAUUUACAAAAAAUUACUACAGAAAAAUAGUUAAACUAGCCCCCUCGGUAAUCGCUGCAGGGGGCCUGAAUGCUAAGCACUUAGCUUGGAAUAUCAGAACGACAAACAAAAUGGGAAAACAAUUAUUUGAAUUCAUAAACGACAAACACCUGGCUGUCUCUGCACCAGACUCGUAUACAUUUUUACAUAAACCUGAUCAUAUUGACCUUGCAAUUACCAAAAAUAAUUUGUACAACCAUGAAAUUCUUACCAUUGAUAAAUUACACUCAGCUCAUCGACCAAUUCUCUUGAGCCUUCACACUAACUAUGAAAAGGCCCCAGUUUCACCUCGCUAUAAGUUCGCAAAAGCAAACUGGCAAACAUUCAAUUCCACUCUAGAAACUGAAAUUAACUUUAAACCCGCGCUAGCAAACUCUACAUACAUUGAUGAAGCCAUAACUAAUUUAACUUCAAGCAUAAAAACUGCAAUUCACGCUUCAGUCCCUCUGUAUACCGUAAACAAAUACGCUCCACCUCUCAGCCCCGAGAUUGAAGACCUUAUCGCUACUCGUAAUAAACUCUGCCAAACGCAUCGAAAAAAUAAAAGCUGCAUUCUCAAAAACACAAUUAAUCACCUGCGUAAAACAAUAGCAAAUAAAGUUCAGGAGCACAGAUGUAAAAAUUGGAAUACAGAAGUCGGUAAACUUCAAAUUAAAGAUAACUCUAUAUAUCGUAUGACCAAAGCCCUAACGAAGCCGCGCACCAAUAUUUCCCCUCUUAAAAAGCCGGAACAAACAUUUACACUUUCUCCAACCGACAAAGCCAAUCUCUUAGCUGCAAAUUACGAAAGUAGCUUCGCUCCACACGCCGAGCCAUCUGACCCGCAACACAUUACCGAAUGUGAAAAAAUAUUUCGUUGUGGGGAGAAGAGAAGUGAUCUCGGGCAGUCUCCUAUCGGAAUGGUUGAGCAACUUGUGGCCAGCUGUGGUGCUCGACUCUGCUUACGCGAAGGAAAGGGAAACAGGGUGAACCUCGAAGCCUUGAAUGCGCAACGCGAAACUCAAAGGCGCGCUUCUUGGUUGCCGAGAGAACUCGCACCGAGACUGGACGCUACUCGAAUCCUCUGCAUGAAGAAGCUCGCCGCGAGCUUCGCGAGCCUUGCCUAG